AUGGGAAACCGUCGGUCGGCAUGCGACCGGUGCAGGCGACACAAGCUCCGCUGCGAGCGUGGCCAUGCAGUGCAGUGCCGCCGGUGCGAAAAGAUCAACGCCGAAUGCCUCACAAGCCCUGCUCUCAGAUCCGGUCGCCCUCAACAGUUGAGUGGUGCGGAUGACCCCGAUAUUCAAUCCUUCAAUGGACCCUUCAAUGGGUAUGAAGAGCUCCCUUCCGUGAUUUCUACGCUAGAUGUAAGCCUGCUUCCGUUGGCCUCUCCCCCUGAAAUCAAUAUCUCCGAGUCGGACUCGGCCUUGCCGCAACUCAUUUCUCCCACCAAUUUGGACGAUUUCAGCCACUUCUGGCCCCAAAACUUUGGCCAAAACCUUGCUUUAGCCGCGGUGCCUGGUACUGUGCCUGUAACUCCACCUUCCGAGACGCAGGGCGAUUGCCUGAGAAAACUAGGUGAUCUUCAAGCCGCUGUUAUUGGCGACCUCGAGAAUGUCAAGUCUUGCAUUACUGCCGAUAAAUGCCCCGAGGCACUUGAUUCAUCGGACUUGAACCCUGUGACUAGUCAAAAUAUCAUGAUCGGGCGCAUGCUAGACCAUUCCACGUCUUUGAUUGACAUAUUGAAUCAUUUUCAGCCACACGCCAACUCUGCGCCGUUUGAAUUGACGUGUGAUACACCGACCAUGUUUGUGCUGCUUUCAUGUUACAUUGGCUUGGUACGAAUCUAUCGAACGAUUUUAUCUUGCGUACUGGAUUGUCUCCCAAUUCUUCUGGGAAUACAACAUCCGAUACCCCAAUUGUUCCCCGGUAUGAACCUCGGAGGCUUCAAAUUGGAGGCUCGACUUGAUAUCCAAGUAAAGAUUCUCGUACAAAUAAGCGAAGACAUGCUAGGAAAGAUUGAAUCAAGAUUUGGCCUUGUUGAUAAUAUCUUUCAGCCUACGGGAGUGGUGCUGACCCAGGGCAAAGCAGCUCGAAUGUUAUCCACCAUGUUGGAAGAAGAGGCCAAUGAGCAACCUCCACUAUACCAGCCCAGGGGACACUGCGAUUCUCUAAGAUCUAUUCUCGAUAGGCUAAAGAACUCUGUCUAA